UGCACGCAUGCGUCCCAGAGCGGCGACACCAUUUUAGAGGAGGAAAGCAAAACAGGGACACUUACUGACAAUCAGUAAUAAUAUAUCAGCAGUUUAACUAAUAACAGCUCGUGUGUGUGUGUGUGUGUGCUGAGAAGCAGGGACAGAUAGAAGAUCCCCGCUGGUCCACAGAAGAGCCGGGUUCCGACAUCAGCUCGGCGUCUGUUCUGGGUGUAUUGUUGUUGUUGUUGUGUGUGUUUGUUUGUGUGUGUUCGGGAGAAACUGAAGCAGUGCGGUUCUGUCCUCAGUCCAGAUGGAUGGAGACGAGGAGAUCCGCUCAGAUGAUGGCAGCGCUACUCCAGUUCAGGAUGAGCAGGACGAGGCGAGACCCGAAUCACGACAGUCUGAGGAUGACGGCAGUGAUAACGAGGACGCCGCUCACCACAGGAGGUCUGAGAACGCAGACAGUGGGUCGGAUCACGAGGCUCGUGGAGGAGGAGACGCGAGCGAUUCGGAGCCUGAGCCGCCGCGGCCCGCAGACAGCGAGGAGGAUGAGGAGGGCAGCUCUCCUGUGAAGCGAAGAGCGAGCACCUCGGACAUGGAGGAGGAAGAGAAACUGCACCCAGCCAGCGACUCCGAGCCGGAGGAAACCGAGAAGAGACACAGCCCUAAAUCAGACGCGGGCAGCGAUUCAGACGAGGACAAACCCAAACAGAAAACUCUGAGAGACUCUGAUGCGGAGGCGGAGGAGGAGAAACCGUACCCAGCCAGCGACUCCGAGCCGGAGGAAACCGAGAAGAGACACAGCCCUAAAUCAGACGCGGGCAGCGAUUCAGACGAGGACAAACCCAAACAGAAAACUCUGAGAGACUCUGAUGCGGAGGCGGAGGAGGAGAAACCGUACCCAGCCAGCGACUCCGAGCCGGAGGAAACUGAGAAGAGAGACGGCCCUAAAUCAGACGCGGGCAGUGAUUCGGACGAGGACAAACCCAAACAGAAAGCUCUGAGAGACUCUGAUGCGGAGGAGGAGGAGGAGGAGGAGGGAGGGAGGAAGCAGAAGGGAAAGUGGAAAGCUGUGAUGAACUCCGACAGUGAGGAUGAGGACGAGAGACCGAAGCGGGAAAUAGGAAGUGAUGAGGAUGAAGGGCCUAAACGACGGGCUCUGGCCAGUGAUGAUGAUGAUGAAGAUGAGAAGCCUGUGAAGAGGAAGAAGGCUGUUCUGUCAGACAGUGAUGAAGAUGAGGAGAAAGAGGUGAAGAAGAGCAGGCUGGUGUCUGAUGAUGAAGACUCUGGCAGCGAUGAAGGCUCUGGAGGUCCUGAUAAGAGUUUAGCUGCUAAACUGAAGGAGCUGGGCUCGGACAGCGAGGAUGAGGAGGACACGAUGAAGAGAGAUGCAGGGAAGAAGGACGAGAAGGCUCUGUUCGGCAGCGACAGCGACUCCGGCGAUGAUGAGGAAGAGAAAAUGAUCACAGACAUCUUCGGAGAGUCCGGCGAUGAGGAAGAGGAGGAGUUUACGGGCUUCAAUCAAGAGGAGCUGGAGGCCGAGCGGCCGCAGUCGCAGGCGCCGGGACACACGGGACUGGAGAACGACUCUGAUUCAGAUGAAGAUGUGGACAGAGGAGGAAAAGACAUGUCCUUCAUGUCAGACUUUGAGAUCAUGUUGGCACGUAAGAAAGCUCAGAGCGGCAAACGCAGACGCAAUCGAGACGGAGGGACGUUCAUCAGUGACGCCGAUGAUGUUGUGAGCGCCAUGAUCACCAAAAUGACAGAAGCUGCAGAGGAGGACCGGACUCUGAACAGUCAGAAGAAACCGGCUCUGAAGAAGCUCAUGCUGCUGCCCACAGUGGUGAUGCAUUUAAAGAAGCAGGAUCUGAAGGACACGUUCAUAGACAGCGGUGUGAUGCUGGCUAUAAAGGAAUGGAUCAGUCCUCUCCCGGAUAAGAGUCUCCCAGCGCUCAAGAUACGAGAGGAGCUCCUCAAGAUCCUGCAGGAACUGCCCAGCGUGAGUCAGGAGACACUGAAGCUCAGUGGCAUCGGUCGAGCCGUCAUGUACCUCUACAAACACCCAAAAGAGUCUCGCCCGAACAAAGACCUCGCGCUCAAACUCAUCAACGAGUGGUCACGGCCCAUCUUUGGUUUAUCGUCCAACUACAAGGGAAUGACGAGAGAAGAGAGAGAGCAGAGAGACCUGGACCAGCAGAUCGCCCCGCGCAGACGCCUCAGCUCCGGAGGACAGACUCCUCGCAGAGAUCUGGAGAAAGUGCUGACCGGAGAGGAGAAGGCGUUGCGGCCGGGUGACCCGGGCUUCUGUGCUCGAGCUCGUGUGCCCAUGCCCUCCAAUAAGGAUUACGUGGUUCGACCCAAGUGGAACGUGGAUGUGGACUCAAACAGAGCUCCACUGAAGAAGGGUUUGACGCGAGUAGAUAAACAGAUGCGGCGUUUCGCAGAUAUCAAGCGCUUGACGAAGACGGGGCACGCGGUGAAGAUCAGCGUGGAGGGGAACCGCAUGCCGCUCUGAGAUCCAGUCUUUGAUCCUCCAGCAGUUCUGCCUCGUGUGUGUCUGUGCGCUGUUCAGAGAGCUGCUCUGCCAAUCUUUUGCCCUUUGGUUCUGUGUAUCUUUCAUAAUAAAGAGUUUCCAUGUUCGACAUUUUACUCCUGUUCUCCUGGCAUUUUGC